UCUAUCCACACAGUCACUAGACGCCUGAGUCUCAACGCAGUUGGAAGUACGCGCAAUUGAACGCUCCAAACAAAAUGUUUGCCAAGCAAAUCGUCGGGCUAUUGCUUUGCCUUGGCUGUUGCCUGCUCGUCAGCGGUGGCAUUGUCAAGGACUCGCAGGACGAGCAGCCUAAUUCAGAUUCUACGUUGGAACUUGUGACUUUGCUCUUUCGACAUGGACCACGCACACCUGUGAACACAUAUCCAAAGGAUCCCUACUUGAACGAAACAUACGAACCCUAUGGCUGGGGUCAAUUAACCAAUGGUGGCAAAUUGGAGCUCUACAAGAUUGGAAAGCAGCUGCGCAAACGUUAUAGACAAUUCCUGCCUGCCUACUAUCGCCCGGAUACGGUGCACGCACAAUCCACAGAAUCAUCACGCACCAUGGCAUCACUGCAGAUGGUGUUGGCCGGCAUGUUCCCGCCAGAGAAUACGCCCAUGGAGUGGAACAAGAAGCUCAACUGGCAGCCCAUUCCAAUUGUGACCGAGCCAGAGAAAACUGACCUUCGUUUGCGACAGAAGGUUCCCUGUCCCCGCUACUACGAGGCAGUUUGGGAGGUGAUGCACACACCAGAAGUUGUUGCUUUGCAUGAGGCGAACGCACAACUGAUGAAGGAACUGCACGAGUUGACGGGCUUCAAUGUCACAUAUUCGCAUCAUGUUACCGAUAUCUACAUCUCGCUGCAAACUCAGCUGGCUUAUGGUCUGGAGGUUCCAGAAUGGGCCAAGGACUAUUUCCCGAUAAAGAUGCGACCGCUGGCAACUAAAUCCUACACCUAUGAUGCUUAUACGGAUGAGAUGAAAAAACUUAAGGGCGGCUAUUUUCUGGCCGAUCUUUACAAGCAGCUGCAGGCAAAGAUCGCUGGAGAACUGAAGCCAGCCGAUAGAAAAUUCUUUAUUUACUGCGCCCACGAUUGGACCGUGGCAAAUGUGUUGAGUGCUCUGGAUGUGUGGGGCACACAGAUGCCUCGCUUCUCGGCGCUCAUUGCUUUUGAGUUGCACAAGCGCAAAGAUACCGGCGAGUAUUUUGUGGAAAUCUACUUCCAAAACGAUCCCAGCAAGGAGCCAAAGCUACUCCAAGUUCCUGGCUGCGAUAAGCAGUGUCCCGUUUCCAAACUGGUGGAGCUUUCCAAAAACGUUCUGCCCGAUGCUCCCUACGAGCAGAUGUGUGUGGCCAAGGGCACCAGCGAUGGCACGAUUAUUACAUAUCACUAGUGUGAAACGCUUUCAGUCCAAUCGAAUAGUAUUAACUGUGUUUAGUCCAACUAUAUGUCUAUCUACUCUAAACUCUUUAUAGUCUAAAGAUUACUGUCUACACAAAUCUGUAUAGUUUAAAUAUAUUUCUGUCCACACUAAA